AAUAUGUUCGACGAGCAAUCGGAACUCGAGUCGCUGCGUGAGAUCUAUUACCUAACGAAUGGGGCCUCGGGCAGUUGGCGUAAACUGCUUUCCCUUGGCGACUCGCUGGAGCAGCAGCUGAAGCGCAAGCUACUCUGGAUAUGGCCCACAUCGGUGGACUUGGAUAAUUACAAUCAUUUUCUGGCCAAGCAUCACAUCCAGCGCAUUCUGAGCAUUGGCUGUGGCAGUGGUCUACUGGAAUGGCUGAUGGCCGCAGCCGGUGGGCAGAGAAUCAGCAUGCACGGCCUGGAAGUCGAUCGAAAUUGGUGGCAGAGCAAGUAUUCCGUGCGCAGUUUCAUUCCGCUGAACUAUGUGGAAGAUGCAGCCAGUCCAAGCCAACUGGAUGCCAGUUUCUUGAGCAAUUGCUGCAACGAUGCUCCACCUUGUGCGAUGCUCUUCUGUUACUUUAACAAUCGUCGGGCUUUUCUCGACUACCUGCGAAUAUAUCGGGGCAAGUGGCUGAUAUUGAUAGGGCCACAGCCAGCCCUUGGCAUACAUACAGAUCCGAAUCCCAUUCAGCCGCAGCUGCCCACCGAUGGGUGGAUUCUGCGGGAGCGCCUCGACUGGACUGACCGAAAUGUCGUGGCGUUCUAUGAAAAAGUAGCAUAAUCUAGUUAAUAGUAACUUUAAUUUUAAGCAAAAUAAACCACCCCACAUUAUCACUA